AAAGAAAGCUUGGCUUGACGUUGUUAUUAAGGUGCCUGAACGACGACAUUAUUGUUGCUGUCGUUUGAUUGAAGCAGCGGACGACAUCAUCACCUGCAAAGCAUUCUUAAACCCUCUACUUGAAAAUCCGAACCACGGCUAUGGAAACCAUCCACCGAUUCUCGCUUCGUCUCGGCCCGAUUUGUCUAGCUACCGCCCCGAUAUUUCUGAACUCCCGAAUCAUCUCUUUGAAUCCCGGACUUCCAAACCCGGAUCCAGUCUCCAACACCCAUUUCACGAUCCGGAAAAAGUUCAGCUCAACCUCUUCUCCCGUCGCCAAAGCCGGUUGGCUUCUGGGUCUCGGAGGAGAGAAGAAGAAGAGCAUCAGCAUGCCCGAUAUAGUGAAAGCAGGUGACCCGGUUUUGCACGAACCGGCCCGAGAUGUUGAGCCCGGGGAUAUUGGGUCGGAGAGGAUCCAGAAGAUAAUUGAGGAUAUGGUGAGGGUGAUGCGGAAGGCUCCCGGGGUCGGUCUUGCUGCUCCUCAGAUUGGAAUUCCCUUGAGGAUAAUAGUUUUGGAAGAUACAAAGGAAUAUAUCAGUUAUGCACCUAAGGAAGCCACUGCAGCUCAAGAUAGACGACCUUUUGAUCUUUUGGUGAUUCUUAAUCCGAAGCUUAAAAAGAAGAGCAACAAGACUGCAGUAUUCUUUGAAGGGUGCUUAAGUGUCGAUGGAUUCAGAGCAGUGGUGGAGCGAAACCUUGAUGUUGAGGUUUCAGGUUUUGAUCGAAAUGGCCAGCCCAUCAAAGUAAAUGCUUCAGGUUGGCAGGCUCGUAUUUUGCAGCAUGAAUGUGAUCAUUUGGAGGGAACUCUUUAUGUUGAUAAGAUGGUCCCAAGAACAUUUAGAACUGUUGAAAACUUGGACUUGCCCCUUGCUGAGGGGUGCCCCAAGCUCGGAAAUCGCUAGCUUAUGGCUGUGAAAAUGCAGAAGAUAAAGGGACACAUAAUUUGUGAUGAUGUGAGAUUUUAUGCACUUGAUUCUGGUAUUCCUGGUGCGACGGGCGGUUCAUUAUUUCUACCGAUGUGUACGGUUAUCUUAGAAUGUAUUGGAAAAGGCUUAUUCGUUUGAAAUUUUGGCUUAUGUUGUAACGAAGUCUCCCUGUAAAAGUUCGUUUUGUUUUUUUUUUUUUUUUUUUUUUUUUUU